ACCCCACUCUAUCACUCUUCACAUUCAUAACCACCAUCCUCUUCGUUCUCUUCCAUGUAUUUCUCGAAAGAAAACAUGGCUCCAAUUGCGCUUUUAGUGGUGAGUAUUCUCUCAAUCGUCUCUAUCGUUCAUGGCAACAAUGGAGGUUGGAUUGAAGCUCAUGCUACCUUCUAUGGAGGCGGCGAUGCUUCUGGCACAAUGGGUGGAGCUUGUGGAUAUGGAAACUUAUACAGCCAAGGGUAUGGUACAAACACAGCAGCACUAAGUACAGCUCUAUUCAACAAUGGAAUGAGUUGUGGAGCUUGUUUCGAAAUCAAAUGUGCAGGUGAACAAAAAUGGUGUCGACCUGGAUCUAUCGUCGUCACCGCGACUAAUUUCUGUCCUCCGAACAACGCCUUACCUAACAACGCCGGCGGAUGGUGUAACCCUCCGCUACAUCAUUUCGACCUCUCUCAGCCUAUUUUCCAACAAAUUGCUCAAUAUAAAGCGGGAAUUGUUCCUGUUCAUUAUAAGAGGGUACCUUGUGUGAAGAAGGGAGGGAUCAGGUUCACUGUGAAUGGACAUUCGUACUUCAAUUUGGUGUUGAUAACGAACGUCGGAGGAGCAGGUGACGUGAAAGCGGUUGCGAUCAAAGGUUCAAGAACAGGGUGGGUUCCCAUGUCGAGAAAUUGGGGUCAAAAUUGGCAGAGCAACUCGAAUCUUGAUGGGCAAGCUUUAUCUUUCAAGGUUACUACUAGCGAUGGCCACACAGUCAUCUGCAACAACGCCGUCCCCGCCGGAUGGUCUUUUGGUCAGACGUUCACCGGAGGACAAUUCACUUAGACAUUUCGUCGAACAGAUGGAAAGCCUACAAAAGGGCUCGUAUUAGAGAGGCUCUUUUGUUUUCUCAGUUGUGUGUGGUUGGUUUAGAAUAGAGUCGCUAUGAACUGUGAAGUGGUUUUCAGUUUCCUCUGUUUUUUUGGUGGAGGAGAGAGGCAGAAACCGGUAGAAUGCGGUGGUGUUAAAGUUCAACCACCCGCUAAACUGUUCAUGGUAGGUGUUAGGUUAGGGUUCCGAUUUGUGAAUUGAAAGCUAUGGCUUCAUUUUCACAUGGUAGUCAGUUAAAAAAGUCAGCUUUUUUUUUGCAGAUGAUCAGUCGUCAUUGUUUGUAUGUGGUG